GGAUUGGCUGCGCGCGGUGGCGGAGGCGGGGCCUAUUUCAAAUGCGGAAGGCGCGCGCGCCCAGACUCCGGCUCCGCCAUCGCCUGCGCCAGCGCCAUGGACCCGCCGCCCGCCUCCCGCCUGCCCGUGCCCAAGCGCGCGCCCGCCGCCGAGGCCGCGCCCGGCCCCGAGCAGAAACGCGCCCGCCUGCAGCCCCCCGCCCGCGCCCGCCCGCCCCGCCGCCUCGCCAGCGCCCGCCCGCAGCGCCCCGGAUCGGCGGCCCCGCCCGGCCUCGCCGGCCGCCCGCUCGCCCCGCCGCCGGGCCCCGCCGCACACGCCGCGUCUGCCCCAGGGGCCGCCUCCAGGCUAGCCGUGGCCGCAGCCACAGCCGCUCCCAAGACAGGCCGUGCCUUGGAGCUGGGGGGUGGCAAGAAGAAGCGGGCACCCUGGGACCUGAAGGGCCAAGUGAGCGACUUGCAGGCAGAGCUCAAAAUCUACAAAGAAGAGGUGCAGCAGCUGCGCAAGGGGGGCCAGGAGCUGGAGGAGCAGAGGCAGGAGCUGCUGGCCCGUAACGGGGACCUGGACCGCCAGCUCCAGGCUGUGAAGUCCGAGCUGCACGUGUCCCAGGAGCAGGCCCAGCAGCGCCUCGAGGAAGUGAAGGAACUGUCGGAUCUGAAGCACCAACUGGAGCAGCAGCUCACUGACACCACUAGGACCAACAAGGAGCUCGAGGGGACCAACAAGGACCUGGAGAUGGCUAAGCGGGACCUGUCAGCCCUGCUGGAAGCCAGAGAGGGGGACCUGGCUCAGAGCACACAGGAGAACAGGGAGCUGAAAGCCCAGGUGACAACCCUGCUGCAGGCUGCAACGCAGAGAGAAGACCAGUUGCACCAGCUGGAGAUGGACCGGCGGCGGCUGCACAACCUGGUGCUGGAGCUCAAGGGCAACAUCCGUGUGUUCUGCCGUGUGCGGCCCCUGCUGCCCUCUGAACAGGAGGCGGGGAAGGGGCUGGAGCACUUGCAUUUCCCCCCACAGGACAACGGAGCACUUGUACUCUCCCGGCCGGAGGAGUCCCACACCGGGCGCAGCUGUAAAGGCAACACGAGGUACGACUUCAGCUUCGACCGCGUGUUCCCCCCAGCCUGCUCCCAGGCGGAUGUGUUUGAGGAAAUUGCACAGCUAGUGCAGUCAGCACUGGAUGGUUAUCACGUUUGCAUCUUUGCCUACGGACAGACGGGCAGUGGGAAGACCUACACCAUGGAGGGACCGGACAACCUGGACCAGGAGACCCUGGGCAUGAUUCCCCGAGCCGUGCGCCAGGUCUUCCAGGGCGCACGGGAGCUGGAGCCCAAAGGCUGGGAGUAUAGCUUCUCAGCAAGCUUCCUCGAGAUCUACAAUGAAGGCCUGCGUGACCUAUUGGUGGGGCGCUCAGACCAGGCCCCUGAUCUGGAGAUCCGGCGCGUCAGUCAGGCCAGUGAGGAUCUCCACGUUCCCAACCUGCGCUGCGUGCCUGUGGCUUCUGAGGAGGAGGUGCUGAAGCUCCUGCACACAGCCAAAGCCAACCGCUCUGUGGCAAAGACUAUUCAGAAUGACCGCUCAUCUCGGAGCCACAGCGUCUUCCAGCUGUGCAUCAAGGGCUACAACACUGACCGGGCCCUUCGCUGUGCCUCUGUGUUGAGCCUGGUCGACCUGGCGGGUAGCGAACGCCUAAAGCCACAGUCAAAGAGCGAGCGGCUGCGGGAGACACAGGCCAUAAAUGCCAGCCUGUCUACAUUGGGCCUGGUGAUCUUGGCAUUGUCCAAAAAGGAGCCCCAUGUGCCUUAUCGUAAUAGCAAAUUGACCCACCUCCUACAGAACUCACUGGGCGGCAACUCUAAAAUGCUCAUGUUUGUAAACAUAGCGCCACUGGAGGAGAACAUCGGUGAGUCACUGAACAGCCUGCGCUUUGCCAGCACGGUUAAUCAGUGUCACAUCGGCACGGCACCAGCACACAAGAAAGGAGGAGGGGGUCUACCACGGACUUCAGAUGUUGGGGGUGGUGGGAAGGGACCUGGUCCCAACUGAGAGGUGGGGUGUGAAGGAACAAAACGCUCUUUAUUUUUUACUCUUUUAUUUCUUUUUAAAAUCUUUUAUAUCCAAUAAAGCGUCGGUGUUAUUGC